GCUUGCCUCCACCAGUAUUCCUGUCAACUCACAAUCGACACAAACACAGUACACAAAAACCUCCAACUGUCUGACAACAACAGGAAGGUGACACGUGUGAAGGAGGUUCAGCCAUAUCCUGAUCAUCCAGACAGAUUUGGUUAUCGUCUACAGCUGCUGUGUAGUGAUGGUCUGACUGGUCGCUGUUACUGGGAGAUCGAGUGGAGAGGAGAGGUUCGUAUAGCAGUGAGUUACAGAAGAAUCAGAAGGAAAGGAGUCAAUAAUAACUGUGUGUUUGGAAAGAAUGACCACUCCUGGAGUUUAUUCUGCUCUGAUGAUGGUCCUUAUUGUGUCUGUCACAAUAAUAUAAAAACAUCCAUCUCCUCCUCCUCCUCCGUCUCUAAUAGAGUAGCAGUGUAUGUGGACUGUCCUGCUGGCACUCUGUCCUUCUACAGAGUCUCCUCUGACACUCUGAUCCACCUCCACACCUUCAACACCACAUUCACUGAAACUCUUUAUCCUGGAUUCAGAGUUUAUUCUGGUUCCACCGUGAGUCUGUGCUGAGUUUAAUCAUUUAGUCUAAAGAGUGUCCUCCUGUUAGAGAAACACUCUAAGUCAUUCUUUCUAAGAUUAGGAUUUGGAUUCAACUUUAUUGUCAUUACACAUGUAUAAAUACAGGGUAACGAAAUACAGUUUGCAUCUAAUCAGAAGUGCAAGAGCAAUAACAGAUAAGUGUAUAAAAGGUUGGAAUAGUUCUGAACAUAUUAUGUACAAAUAAGUUAAGUAUACAGAUGUUUAUAUUGCUAUACAGAGAGCAAAUAUACAGAUGUGCUACAUAUAUACAGAUGUACCAUUGUGUGGUUAACAGAUCUACAGAGUGCUAUGAAUAUAGUACUCUGAACAGACUGUAAUAGUGAUGAGUGUACGCACUAUAACAGAGACUACACUAUCAUGAUCAUGGUCAUUGGGAGGGAUAGGGGUGUGUGGAUGGAAAGGUUCAGAAGUUACCGAGUAUGUCAGUAGACAGGUGGUUCUUCUUCAGUGCCCUCAAGAAAGAGAGGCGCUGAUGGGCCUUCUUGACCAGGCUGGAGGUGUUAGUUGACCAGGUCAGACUCUCAGAGAUGCGGGUCCCCAAGAACUUGAAGCUGGAAACCCAUUCAACAGCUGUGCCAUUUAUGUAGAUGGGGAGAUGGGUGCCUGUCUUCUCCCUCCUGAAGUCCACAAUGAGCUCUUUGGUUUUGCUGCUUGGUUUUUAUGGUGAUGGAGUUGGAUCCGUACCUAGGUCUGCAGUCAUAGAGGAACGGGCUCAGCACACAGCCCUGUGGAGUGCCAGUGUUGAGUGUGAUGGUCGUAGAGCAUCCAGGUACAGAUGAGGUUGCUGAUUCCAAAGCUUCUUAGCAAUAAAAUCUUUUUGAAAUAAAGUUAAUGAAUGUACCUUGUUAAAAAUAUCCAGAAAAUGAUAUUGUAUUCACGAUAUACUCUGAACUACAGAUCUUAUCAUAUACAUACUGCUUAAUGUCAUAAUACUGCUGUAAUACUGCAUUACUACAUUUAACUUAGAUAAUGAUUUAAUUUAGUUUAACAAUUUCAACUCUUGAACAGUUAGGACACACAUAUUUCUUGUGUCUCAACACUUAAUUCUUAAGAAGACCAUUAGAGAAAGCUUCUAAUGGUUUUUUGUUUUUGGUCUGUUGUUCUGAUCCAAAUGUCCUUUGAUGAAUGGUAAAAACAGAACAGAACUAAAAUUAAUAAAAAUCUAACAAUUAAGCCAGGGGUAAAAUAAAUCUAGAGGCACAAUGAAUAUGUCAAGUUUCCCCUGCUGCAGACACCUGAGGGUGUUUGGACACUUUAAACAUCAGUGUUAUGUUCCAACCACAGUUGAUAACAGGUACAGUUCUGGUUGACCAUGAAAGACAAUGAAACAACUGCCCACCUCCGAGGAAAGGUGGCCAAAGACCAUUGCUCUCUCCUAAUUCAUCCUGAUUGAUUGGCUCUGGUUUUGUUUUCUGCUACUUUACUUGUGUUGGGAUUUAGAGAUUCUUUUAUUGCUACCAUAUAAUCUG